AUGGAGCCUGGGGCAGCCGAGUUGUACGACCAGGCCCUUCUGGGCAUCUUGCAGCACGUAGGCAACGUGCAGGACUUUCUGCGGGUGUUUUUCGGUUUCCUCUAUCGCAAGACCGACUUCUACCGGCUGCUGCGCCACCCGUCCGACCGCAUGGGUUUUCCGCCGGGAGCGGCCCAGGCCCUGGUGCUGCAGGUGUUCAAAAGCUUCGAUCACAUGGCUCGUCAGGAUGAUGAAAAGAGGAAAAAGGACCUUGAAGAGAAAAUCAAAAGAAAGGAAGAAGAAAAGGCAAGAACUCUAGCAGCUGCCACGACUGAGAAGGAGCCAGUCCCUGCGCCGGUUCAGGAAGUAGAGGUUGAUUCCACUACGGAGUUGGAGGGGCCUUUGGAGGGGCCUGUGGAAGUGGAGCCGGUACAGACUCCAGGCACACAGGGGGCGGAGCUGGAGGGGGCAGAACCUUCUGGAGCAGUUUCUGACCCUGCUGAAGUCCCCAGGGAACCACCAGCCCUUCCCAAGAGACAGGAACAGUUCCAGAGAAACCCGGACAGUUACAACGGUGCCGUCCGUGAGAACUACAUCUGGUCGCAAGACUACGUGGACCUGGAAGUUAAGGUGCCUGUGCCCGAGCACAUCGUGAAAGGGAAGCAGGUCUCAGUGGACCUCAGCAGUGACUCCAUCCGAGUGGCAGUGAAGGAGGGAGACAGAGAGCAGGUCCUCAUGGAAGGGAAGCUCACCCACAAGAUCAACACCGAGAGUUCUCUUUGGAGCCUGGAGCCAGGGAAGUGUGUUUUGGUGAACCUGAACAAGGUGGGCGAGUACUGGUGGAGCGCCAUCCUGGAGGGUGAGGAGCACAUUGACAUUGACCAGAUCAACAAGGAGCGCUCCAUGGCUACCGUGGACGACGAUGAGCAUGCCGUGCUGGACAGGCUGACCUUCGACUACCAUCAGAAGCUGCAGGGCAAACCGCAGAGCCACGAGCUGAAAGUCCAUGAGAUGCUGAAGAAGGGAUGGGAUGCAGAGGGCUCCCCCUUCCGAGGCCAGAGAUUCGACCCUGCUAUGUUCAACAUCUCCCCUGGGGCGGUGCAGUUUUAG